AUGUCUGGCGGUGCUGGCAAGUCUUUGCAGAAAGACAUGCCAAGCAGGGCAUGGAGCCUCGAAACCCUUCGUGUGGGUUUGGACACUCUGGAGCUUCAGCAGGUCAAGGAAGAGGAAGUCGAGCGCCUCCUCGCAACCGAAAUGAAUCAGGAAAUGCAGAAGCGCACGAUUCACACGCCAUCCAAAGUGGCAGAACCCAGCCCGAAUGUAGCACCGCUGAAGAAGACCAAGAUGGCUGUGGCUUCACCCCUGAAGCCCAUGCAGCUGAGCUUCAGCCCAGCCGGUGGCAAAGCCGCCGCUUCCGCCUCUGCCUCCGGUGCAAAUGAUUACGAUGAUGUUCCGGAGACAUACGUAGAGGGUUCGGAUGUCUACACCAUUACGGAAGUUCCGGAGUUCGGUGCUGCAGGUCCUGCUGGGGAUCCCUACACAGUUCCGUGGCUCUCCGAACCCGAAAUCCCGGAAGGUGAAAUGCGAGACCGCCUCAAGGAGGCCCUUGGCGAAGCGGCUGUUCUCAACCCUUACUCCGAAGAGUACAUGUACCGGACCAAAGGCAAGGCAGCAUCCACGGAUGCCCUGUCGGAUGCUGUGUCCACGGCCACCGCUUCCUCGGAGUAUGAAGCCCGCUACAAGGCCUUGCAGGACAUCCUCAAGGACAAAGAUGCUCAAAUCGCAACGUUGAUUCAAGAGCUGGCCGACGCGAAGGAGCUGAUCCGGAAGAGUGUUCGGGCUGAUGCGGUCGAGACGAUCGAGGAUUCGGCUGCUGAGGGGGCUGUGGUUGAGGGGGCUGCGGUGGCCCCGGUGACGAGUGCUGCUGCAAAGCAGCGCUUGCGCAGGAUGUGCGAGCGCCGAGCAGACGGGACGAUGCAAGUGCCCCAAGACAUACACGAUCAGUGGAAGGCUGGUGGAGCUUCCCGGGAGCGCCUCUUGAAAAUCUGGGUCGGGUCGGGCUUCAACAAGGACUCAUUCAUCCGCACCGUCACCCAUGAGACCAAGAAGAGCAAGGAGCUUAAGAUUUCGGUGACGGGGGACUUCUACUCCGAGGAGGAGAUGAAGGAAGAGCUCCAGUUGAGCAAGUUGCCGGUGCUGCAUAAGCCUCGCAUCGAUGAAAUCAAGGCUUGGUGCGAGAAGAACCCCAGCUUCAAAAGGAUGGACACUUACAAUUCGGGAAAAGUGCGUUACUGGUGUGAGCGCAAGGCGUCAGCCAGCAUGGAGCAGGCGCAUCGCACAGAGAUCACAGACAAAGUGGCAUUCGAAGCGGAGCCGGACAUGGACGAGAAAGGUGAAUACGUUACGAUCCGUGAUGAAUGCCGGGAUUUCGAUUUCAGUGAUUUCUCAUGCGGCUCUGUGAAAGAUCCUGUUGCCCAGCUCGGCUUGCCGAUGCUGAUGGGGUCUGAGAAGCCCGAGAUGCAUCUCAUGACGUACCAGAGUUGUCUCAUGAACCGUAUCAACAAGCUGAGUGACGCAAGAAGCAAGCCGGAUGCCAUCCCCGAGAGUGAUCGAAACGAUGCUGUGAAGAAGCUGCUUGAGAAGAUCGAUGCCAGCUUGUCUCUGAUGGACACAUUGCACGACCAGCUCUCCGAGAUCUACGCCGAUUCAACUGCGCAAGGCCAUGGCCCUGGGCAGUCGGCUGCCUUGAAAGACUUGUACAAGAAGGCGCGUGCCAAGCAGUGCAAGAUGAAGACCGCAGCCAAAUCGGGAAAUGCCAUGGUUACCAGCUGGGAAAAGUCCGGGUCCCGGGCCAAGCGCGAGCAAACUGGUGGCGGCUUUGGGGAUCCCGCCAAACGGGUGGUCGACCUCGCCAAAGUCAUCGAACGGGAGGCGCCAGGCUGCCUCAGAGGCAUCAAAAUGAUGUCGAAUGUGGAUCUUUCGCAUGCGGAGAUUAGGCUUCACAAACUGGUUCGGGAAUGGGGACUGACGCUUGACGUUCCAAUGUCCUUUAUGAGACAGGGCCUGUUUUGGGUUCCCAUUUUGCAUGUGCUGGAUUGGAUGACCUACAUGCUGCAUAAAGAACCUCGAGUUUUGUUGGGGGGCUACGAUGUACGGGAUCCUGAAGUACGCUGGCACCUCAGAACCUUUUGGCAUGCGUAUCGUGACGAGGACACUUCGCAUGAGAUUUUUACGUACCACAGCGACAGACUUUCUGCUUGCAUUCCCUUCUUUCUCUACCUGGACGAGGGCAGAGGAUAUAGGAAGAGUCCUGUGAUGAUUAUUGCAUUCGAGAGCUUGUUUGGGGUCGGUACCAAAGCCAACUAUGAUCGGAUAAAUAAAGGCCGGACGUGCUAUACUGAUGAUGACGAGCACUUUCGAGCAUGCUUGGCUGCACAGCUGCACACUUCAAAGGGCAGUUCACUUAUGUCCCGGUUUCCGAUUACUGCGAUCCCUCAUCAGUGGUACAGGACAACCAAGCAGAUUGACAGGUUUCAUGUCUUCCACAACACUGUCACGAAGAUUUCGGAGAAAUGCCGCGACUUAUUCUACAAUGGCUGCCAAGAUAUGCAUGGCCAAACCUGGUACGGUGUUCUGGUCGGGGUUAAAGGCGACAGCCCUGCCCUUUGCAAGAUUGAGAAACUCACAGCAAGCUUUAACAGGCUGGGCAGGGACAAACGUGUCUGUCACAUGUGCAUGGCGGGGCUGGACGACCUGCCAUGGGAAGAUGUCUCAAAUCGUGCAUCCUGGCAGAGCACAUUGUAUGAGGAUCGCCCUUGA